AUGGCAGGAAUUAAUCCCCAUGUUCCCUUGCAUCUGGCUCAAGCAGCCAUCUUUACUGGAAAGGGAUUCAGAAGCGCGGAGGACUAUGCUCGCUAUCUCAUUAAGUUUCAAGAUCGUCCCCUAUGUCCCUCUAUCUCGCUUGAUCCAGCCCGCUUCAAUCGUUAUGACAUGAACAUCCCUGGGUUGAUCAAUGUUGUUGGAUGGUCAAAUCUUUCGCUGGAUCAGUGA